AUGGCAAACCACCCUGACCGCCCCGGCGGCCUCGAGCGCUCGCACUCCUUCGAGCCUCCCCGCUACAACAGCGACGUUGCGACCCUGGCCAGCUCCAGCAUGAACAGCCUGUCGCUCGCCGACCUCCCCAGCCCGCGCGCGGGAGAAGUGCCUCCCGCGCUGUCUCCGCUCGACGCGCUCGCGCUCCAGGGACGACUGCUCGCGAAGCGCUUCGAGCAGGCCGACAAGACCGGCCGCCGUCUCAGUCGACUGGCGCCGCUCACCAUCCAGAACGAGUUCGGGAACCGUCCCGGCUACUUUUCCAGCCUGUCCUCUGGCGUCAACUCUCCCGAAGAUGCAGGCGCCCCCAACGCCCAGCACGCGGAGCCCUCACCGCAGUUUACCGUGCCGGACAAGCACAAGUCCUUCUAUCCCCAGUUUGGCGGCGACGAGCCCUACUAUGGCCAGAACCUGCUUGCGCGCAACCCCAUGGGCACCAUCGAAGAGACCAGCCCCAUGUCGUCACCGCACCAGCCACAGAGCUACUUCGACAUCCCCAGGUCGCGCUCCCCAGAUGCAGCCGAGCCUCGCAUCGGCGGUCUGCGCGAAGCCACGCCCAUCACGCCGAGCGCGCCUGCACCGACAUCGCAGCUCUACCUGAGCCCGCAGAGGCAGCCGUCCACAGGCUCGCUGUCGAGGUCACAGCCGCGAGGCAACCUGCUGCCUCCCCGCUCCUCGAGCUCUGUCCACUCUCAGCGCUCGCCGCGCAUGUCACCAAGCAUCCGAUCUGUUACCGGCGACAAUGGCUCCGACGUCGAGGACAUGUCACUGAGUGGCUCCUAUGACUCUAUCAAACAACAUCGCAACCUGUCGCCCGCCUCAAGCCUGUCCCGCACUCACUCGCCGUUCACGCCUGCAACAGGUGCGACAAUUCCGCGUUCGCCCUCGGUCUCUUCCGACGUCUCUGCCAGCAGUCACCUUCCGCGUCCUUCUUACAACUUCUCGCGACCAAUCAGCAGACAGAGCACACGACCAUCUAUCGAUGUGCCGUCACGACAGCUUUCUGAGGACAGUGUCUACACGAGGCCAUCAUAUGACAGCCAGUCCAUUCGUCAGGACAUAACUUCCAGCCCAAACACCAGCUAUGCUAACGAGACUGUACAUACCCCCGUCAGCAUGGCCAGUGAAGACUUCCGUCGCUCUGGCGACUUCACCAACAACCCCGCGCCGUCUUACACAUACACCAAGUUCAACCUGCCGCGAGGGCGGCCAGUGGACCGACGAUCUGUAGGUAUUGAAGACUUCUUUAAGAGUCAGAUUACCUGGGACCAGCCCAGCUCAGGCCAGGAGCGACCUCCAUCUCCGGAAUCCCCACCCCGCUCCUUCGAGUCGUCCCGGAUACGACAGGACUUCGCGGCUGCCCGCGAUGCCUCGAUUGACCACGGUGCCCCAUCGCUCACGUCUAGCAACAGUACCAUCCGUGGUCGACGAGCUGGUUCGGCAGACACUACUGCGCAGGAGCACUGCGAUAUCGGCCUCGAGCUCCACGAGGCUGGCGAACUGCUCAAGUCCACCUAUCAUCUUCGCCUGGGCCGGCCCGAGCAGGCCUUCCCGAGGCCAUGUUUUGAGGCCGUGCAGUGGCUCCGCCGCGCCGUCGACUCUGGUCAGCUAGAAGUUGCCGAGGACGAGGACACCUCAAAGCCAGCAGAUCAACUGAAGAAGAAACAGCACCGAGCACAGUACGCCGUUGCCAUCUACGAGCUUGGCAAAUGCUAUAUGAACGGCUGGGGUGCCGCCCAAGACAAGUCACUUGCUCUUCGCUGCUACGAGAUUGCCGGUAACUGGGGCGAUGCUGAUGCCUUGGUCGAAGCCGGCUACUGCUACGCGGAAGCCGUUGGCACCAAGAAGGACAUGAAGAAGGCUGCAAAGUUCUACCGUGCUGCCGAAGCCAAAGGUGUGAGCAUGGUCGGCAACAGCUGGAUCCACAAAGAAAAGUACAUGGACGAUGGCUCUGCAGUCGACUCACGCUCUGUCCGCUCUGGACGAUCCGCCAAGAAGGACAACGCGAAGGACAAGGCUCGUGACAAGAGUCGCACGCGCACCAUCUUCGGCCGCAAGAAGAGCCACACCGCGACCUCGACCUAG